CACAUUUUUGUUGCUUCUGAGCAUAUUCUAUGUACGUACCUUUCUAUUCCUCAUGAAAGUUCUAUUAAAUUUCCUUUGAUUUCUCAGACGAAACUGAGGCAUAUCAUAUUACUAUUUUGCUAGUUGUCGAGGAAAACCAUCUUAUACAUACACCCGUUGGAUUCUGUGUGUAUCAUUCUUGAACUUUCGCCACACCUUUGCCAAAUGGAUCUCCGGGCAAGUUUGGUUUUGAUCACUGCUUCUCUACUCUUUAGUGUUGCUAAAGCUUGCUCUAAUGGAGACUGCAAGCUACUUGACCCAUGCUCGUCCGAUGGAGAUUGCCAAGCUGGGCUCUAUUGUUUCUCUUGCCCUCUAGAAUUUUCAGGCAGAAGAUGUGUUAGAUCAACCACUACAAACCAAUUCAAGCUCCUGAAUAAUACACUUCCUUUCAAUAAAUAUGCAUUCUUGACAACCCACAAUGCCUAUGCUAUUGAGGGAGAACCAUCUCACACGGGAGUUCCUCGAAUUACCUUUACAAAUCAAGAAGACAACAUCACUCAACAGCUAAAUAAUGGAGUUCGCAGCUUGAUGCUAGAUACGUAUGAUUUUCAAGGAGAUGUAUGGUUGUGUCAUUCUUAUGGAGGAAAAUGCUAUGACGUUACUGCAUUUGAACCAGCUAUAGACACUCUGAAGGAAAUAGAAGCCUUCUUAUCAGCAAAUCCAACAGAAAUUGUCACAGUGAUCUUAGAAGACUAUGUUCAAGCCCCUAAAGGAUUGACAAAGGUCUUCACCGAUGCCGGGUUAAUAAAAUAUUGGUUUCCUUUGAAAAACAUGCCAAAAAAUGGUCAAGAUUGGCCACUAGUAAGUGACAUGGUUGCCAACAACCAAAGGCUACUUGUAUUCACUUCAAUUAUGUCCAAGGAAGAAAGUGAAGGCAUUGCUUACCAGUGGAAUUACAUGGUUGAGAAUCAGUAUGGUGAUGGUGGAAUGCAUGCAGGAAAUUGUCCCAAUAGGACAGAAUCAUCACCGCUAGAUGACAGAACCAAGUCUUUAGUUUUGGUGAAUUAUUUCCCAACUAUUCCCUUCAAGCAAAUUGCUUGUGAACAUAACUCAGCGAAUCUGAUUAACAUGCUCCAUACUUGUUUUGGUGCCGCUGGCAACCGGUGGGCUAACUUUGUUGCUGUUAAUUUUUACAAGAGAAGUGAUGGAGGUGGAGCAUUUCAAGCUUUGGACACUCUUAAUGGAGAAUUGUUGUGUGGUUGUGAUGAUGUCCAUGCAUGUGUGAAUGGAUCAACCUCAUCAGCUUGCAACCAUGAGAUAAACGUGGACCACAGUUAGGGGCAUUUGGUUCGCUUGAUACUACAUUUCAUUGUAAUGUUACAUUAUUGUAAUCUUGAUCAAUAGAAUCACAUUACAACAACAUAAUAUUAAAGGGUUUGGUUCAUUAA